GUAACGGAGUAAAUGAGAUGUCAAUCGCUAGCAUAGCCGUCCGCGGGACAUUGAAUGACUUUGUGAAGAAACGUCAAGUGUCCCCUUUUUUGACAGGUCCUGUUCGGUUUUGGAGCUCAUGGAGGCCCUCAUACCUGUCAUAAACAAACUGCAAGAUGUUUUUAACACGGUGGGCGCCGACAUCAUUCAGCUCCCGCAAAUAGUUGUUGUGGGCACGCAGAGCAGCGGCAAGAGUUCUGUUUUAGAGAGCCUUGUCGGCAGGGAUGUACUACCACGUGGCACAGGCAUCGUAACACGGCGGCCCCUCAUUUUCCAGCUUGUCCAUGUCGACCCUGAAGACCGUCGGAAGACCAACGAGGAGAAUGAAUUCAAGAAAAAUGGCCGCUUUUACAGAGGCAUCGAUGGUGAGGAAUGGGGGAAAUUUUUGCACACCAAAAAUAAGAUCUACACAAAUUUUGAGGAGAUCCGUCAAGAAAUUGAAGCAGAAACGGAAAGAAUAUCAGGCAUGAACAAGGGUAUCAGUGAUGAACCUAUUCACCUCAAAGUCUUCUCACCUAAUGUUGUCAACCUCACACUAGUGGAUCUGCCUGGCAUUACAAAGGUGCCAGUUGGAGACCAGCCCAAAGACAUUGAGAUUCAGAUCCGUGAACUGAUCGUGAAGUACAUUUCCAACCCCAACUCCAUAAUCCUAGCUGUAACUGCUGCCAACACAGACAUGGCGACAUCAGAGGCCCUUAAGGUGGCUCGCGAAGUUGACCCUGAUGGCAGGAGGACGCUAGCAGUAGUCACCAAGCUGGAUCUGAUGGACGCCGGAACAGACGCCAUGGAUAUCCUGAUGGGCCGAGUCAUUCCUGUUAAACUUGGCAUUAUUGGAGUUGUCAACAGGAGCCAGCUGGAUAUCAAUCAGAAGAAAUCAGUUGCAGAUGCUAUCCGUGAUGAAUACGCUUUCCUACAAAAGAAGUACCCCUCACUAGCAAACAGAAGUGGAACUAAAUAUCUAGCCAGGACAUUGAACAGAUUGCUGAUGCACCACAUCAGAGACUGCCUUCCAGAGCUGAAAACCAGGAUCAACGUGUUGGCGGCUCAGUACCAGUCGCUUCUCAACAGCUACGGUGAGCCAGUGGAGAACCAGAGCGCCACCUUGCUGCAACUAAUCACCAAAUUUGCUGCUGAGUAUUGCCACACCAUCGAAGGCACGGCAAAGUACAUAGAGACUGCUGAACUCUGUGGCGGCGCGAGGAUCUGCUAUAUAUUCCACGAAACGUUCGGUCGUACUUUGGAGUCUGUGGAUCCCCUGGGCGGUCUGACCACCAUCGAUGUUCUCACAGCAAUCCGAAAUGCUACAGGGCCUAGACCUGCUUUGUUUGUGCCUGAGGUUUCAUUUGAGUUACUCGUCAAGAGACAAGUAAAGCGCCUGGAGGAACCCAGUCUGCGCUGCGUGGAGCUGGUUCAUGAGGAAAUGCAGAGGAUCAUUCAACACUGCAGCAACUACAGCACACAGGAGCUGCUGAGAUUUCCGAAGCUUCACGAUGCUAUCGUUGAAGUGGUCACAUCCCUGUUGAGAAAGAGACUGCCGGUGACUAAUGAUAUGGUUCACAACCUGGUUGCUAUCGAGCUGGCGUACAUCAACACCAAACACCCAGACUUUGCUGAUGCCUGCGGUCUCAUGAACCAUAACAUUGAAGAGCAAAGACGCAACAGAAUGAGGGAUCUACCCUCUGCUGUCCCUCGGGACAAGCAGGCGGCAGCAGCCGGCGCUCAGAGUGCAUCCUCCAGCGAUCAGACCGACAGCAGCGGGACAGGGAACUGGAGAGGGAUGCUGAAAAGAGGGGAGGAUGGCAUGGCAGGUGACAGGACAGUGCCCCAGACCCCCCUCCUCAACAGCCCCCAGAAGGGCCAUGCUGUUAAUUUGCUUGAUGUGCCUGUUCCAGUCUCCAGGAAGCUAUCCGCUCGGGAACAGAGAGACUGCGAAGUCAUUGAGAGACUUAUCAAGUCCUAUUUUCUUAUUGUGCGGAAAAACAUUCAGGAUAGCGUGCCUAAGGCGGUGAUGCACUUCCUGGUGAACCACGUGAAGGACUGCCUGCAGAGUGAGCUGGUAGGCCAAUUGUAUAAGUCGGUGCUGUUGGACGAUCUGCUGACGGAAUCGGAGGACAUGGCGCAGCGACGCAACGAGGCAGCAGACAUGCUCAAGGCGCUGCAGAAAGCUAGCCAGGUGAUCGCAGAGAUCAGAGAAACGCACUUAUGGUGAGGGUAGCCGCUGUAUUUCAGGCAUCUCAUCUUCCUCAAACACCCAAAUCACACGGACCACACAGGCAGGUACACAGAGACCAAGAGUGCUCUUGGUACGAUAGUGGUUAUUGUAUGUAUGAGAAAUUAUAGUUUUGUUGAAUGUACAGUCUGAAAAAACUGAAGUCGCAUCAUCCAGUUUCCAUCACUCAAUUGCUAAACAUCCCUUACUGAGCAGGAAUAUUCUAUUUUUCUUAUGUACCAAACUGUAACUACAGGGAUUAUGUUAUUAUCCAUCAGAGAAGCUGCUUUUUGUGGAAUGCAAUUAAAGAUAGACAUGACAAAAAAACAAAUAUUUUUGGUCGUCAUCUCGUCUCACAUACUUUCAUCCCUAAUCUUCCCUCUGAAUGGAGUGCAGUGGAACCUCGAUUUAACCCCAAAAAUUUAGUUACUGUAAUUUUCGGACGAUAAGCCGCUACUUUUUUCCCUCAUUUUGAAACCUAUGACUUAGUCAUUGCAGCUUAUUUGUUGAUUUAUUUGGGUUAAUAGAUUAACACUUUAUUUGACAGCGGCGUCAUAAGACUGCCAUAUGACCGUUAUGUCACUAACUCCAUUUAUGUCCAUCUUGGAUCUUUUACACCUAUUCAAAAGUGAGAUAAUUUGCCAGAUGACACAAAAUGAUAGCUGUCAUAAGCAUUCAUUAAUGCUCAUGGCAGUGUCAUGGCCUUAAUAUUAGGGCUGUCCCAAACAACUAAUUUUCUCCCUAUUAGUCAGCCGACUAUUUUUGCGAUUAGUCGACUAAUCUAAUAAUUUAAAAUAUAUAUAUAUAUAUUUUUUUUUACUAAUUUAGCAAUGAAAUUUUUGUUGACACUUAUCAAUUCACAAAAACAUAUUGGAACACUUAAAUUAUUUAUUAAAGUACAAAUAAACACGUAAAUAACAAUAAUAAAUCACAAAUAAACAAUGAGUUCAAAUGCUGAUAGAAUUAACUAGUGCAAGAGAAUGGAAUGUAAACAGAGUCAGAACACUGACUUCGCCUUUCCAUCAUGAUUCAAAACAAUUCUUAAAAAAACACCUAGCAUUAAUAGUAUAGCAUAGUACUAUAUAUAAUAGUAUUAUAAUAAUUAUAAUAAUUAUUCAUUGCCAAUCAGAUUUUUCAUAAAGGGGGUCAUUUUAAAGGCUUAAUGUAGAAUCUGAAUUCUGAAGUAUGUGGGAUUAACUUCAGAAAUCGCUAUUUAUAUGACGAACAUGACAUGCUUUUAUUUUGAAAUGUUCACCGGAAGUACGUUCGCUAAACCGCUAACUUCAGCUUUACAUUCCGAAAAAAAAGCACUUUUUGUCAUUGCAUGUAGUGUCAAUAAUAGAUUUUUGUGGUCAUUUUUUUCGUUUGCAAAUGCUGUUAACCAGCGAUUUUUCAUGUCUGAAGUGUCACCUUUUAACCGCAAGUUUGCUUUCACGAGACGACUGCCAAAGUUUUGUAGCAGGCUAAAGUAAGUUGCCUUUUUCCCCCUUUCACCUCAUAGUAACAGUGCUAACGUUACAGUGUUUAAUAUAGAUGUGUUUUCUUAUUUUUUCUGUCUGAACUUUAAUUCUACAGCGUGUUGAUAAGAGAAAGGAACUCGAGACUCAUAUGCCAUCAGCACGCACGCACCAAUGUAUGCACGCACGCACCAAUGUAUGCACGCACACACGUGCGCAGCUAUAAAAGGCAGCCGUGAAAAUUACCGCCCUCAUUUUUAUUUGCCGUGCAAUGAAUGGACUCAUUGCAUAUCGUGACAGGCUUAGCAACUUCAAUAAAACAUGUCAAACUGGGUGACGGCGCUUUGGGUGUUUAUUCACGGCCAACGUGCAGCCAAGCUUGGCAUUGAAGAGACAGGACACCUCCUUUGUUUCUUUGAAAUAAGUCAAUGUUAUGGACACUCUGGUUCGCUUUUUUUGACUUUGUGCCGCUUUCCCCGCUUGCAUACAGAGCGUCAAACAUUCUGAACUUUCCACGCAUAUAUUUUUUAACACUUCAUUAACCGUCGACGGGAUGUUGUGCUCGUCGACGGAUUCACGUCAUCGGUGACGUCGACGAUGUCGACUAGUCGGGACAGCUCUACUUAAUAUGAUCGUCUUAAUACAGUUUUAUGGCGCCACUGUCAAAUAAAGUGUUACAGAAUACCAGAGCUAGCGAUUAAUGAAACAACUGGAAGAGUAACUGAAGAAAUAAUUAGCACAGAACAUGAAUUUUGAUUGUCAUUUACUGUUAUUUAUCUGUAGCGCUGCAAUGCAUGUUAGGAGGCAUGUUGGACGACAACAGUGUUGACAUCAGAGGUUGACUGUCCCCCCCAAGGGAGCAGUGAUGGCCAAAUGAAGCUUCUUGAAGCAAUUAAGCUUUGCAGCAAUUUGGUUUAAAGCUUCAUGAUGGUUCAUUUGGUCUUAUGACCCUGCUGUCAAAUAAAGUGUUACCGGUUAAUAUCUUUUGAUGUAAAUAUCCCAUAAUACAGUUAGGACAGCUGUGGCUUAUAGUCCAGUGCGGUUUAUCUAUGAACAAAUGCUGUUUUUGUGUCAAAUUUGGUGGGUGGAAGCUUAUAGUCAGGUGCGCCUUCUAGUCUGAAAAUUACGGUAAUCCUUUUAAUGCUUGCUAAAAUUAGUUUUUAUAACAAACUUUUGUAACAUCCCAAUGAUUGUGGCAGUCCAUGUCUCCUAAGAAAUCUUAUCAAGAAUCCCACCAAAAACUGACAUCUUCCAAAUUACACUAUAGUUUAUUCAUUUGUUUCACACACACAGACACUGUAUUGCACUAAAGACCAACAUAUCAUUCAGGUUUGUGUCAACUUUCUGCCAUGCACAGUACAGUACAGUAAGAAAUGCUUGUAUGUUUGCCACCCUUUUGAGUUACCAUGUCAUGUGUUGACACAUAAACAAAACCUCUUGUUGCACAUGGAGUAGAUGCCCGUUUAUUGAUAAGAAGUAUGAAUAGAGGUACAACGAUGCCCCUGGCUUGGGUGGAGGUCUGAGGGAUGUCCACUCUACCUCAGCCGAGCUCCCAUCUUGCCCUUGCCACGACCCUUGGCACUAAAAAGCAGACAAAGAAGAAAUAACAGCGUGAAAUCAGACAAUUCAGCAACCAGUAAUUAUCAAGAUAGUGUUUAAUGAACGUACCUCUGGUGAUCCUGCACUCGGACAAGGAGCAGGUUGAUCUGCAAGUACCACAAGCAAAAACAACUGUUAACCAUUGUUGUUGUAUGAAACAGUAAUCUGUAUAGUACUUUACAUGGGCUUUUAUAGACUAUUAUCCCAAAAUGUAUGUAUUGAGACUCACAUCACUCUUCUGCCUUUUGAAUUUGUCGUUAAGGUCGUACUUCUCCGUCUCCAAUUGCAUCAGCCACUGCCACAACUCGUUAGCCUUCUCCCUUCGCAUGCAGAAAUGAUAGCAUCUCAUAUGAGCUUCACUAUUAUUCCAUUUAGUUUAAUGUGGAGCCUGUCAUACUUGAGUUUGUCGUCACUCAAGUGGUCGAUGUUGAGCGGCUUCCUGCGCUCAGCCAGAAUCUUCUUCUUCUUCUCUCUCUCUGUCUGCUUUUUGCCUUUCUUUUCGCUCUGUUUUGACAUUAUUGCAAAAAACACAUAUAAAUGCCAAAUUCUGUAUUGAUUAGUUAUGAAUAAAUACAAUUCUUAAGUUAUAAAAAGUUAAUAAAAUUAAAACGUGUAUCAUCAGAAAUAGUCUGAUUUAUGGGCCCCAAUUUCACAAGUUAAAAUUUUUUUUUUUUUUUUUAAAUUAUUUAAUAGCAUGCCCUAUAAUUGGGUUAAUGUCUAUUUGUUAGGUUAAAAAAAUAUCGGCUCAUUUAAAAUUUAUUCAUUAUUUAUAAAUACUGAUUGAUUAAAAAUAUGCUCUGAGUUUUGAAAUUUCAGCAAGAAGAGUUAAUGUCAUGAGCAGGGUGACCUUCUGUCCGGCGCCAUACUGCUGGGUCAUGGUGGAGAGGACCUUCUUCUUCUUGGCGUCUUCAUCGUACUUCUUUCUCUGCUCCUCCUGCUCCCUGCGCUCCUUCUCUUCCUGGAAUCAGCACGAACAUGCACAUACAUGUCAAUGCUGAGUUUUUCACUCAUGUUUUCAUGCUUAGCGUAAACUUACAGCAAGCCUGGCCUGCCUCUCCUUCUCCCUCUCGGCCCGGAUCCUUUGCUGCUCAGCCCUCUCGGCACGGCGCUUCUCCUUUGAGGAAAUUUAAGAGUUUGUAUUUGGAAAUUCAGCACUCACAAAAUGUAUGAUUCAAUGUAAAAAAAACUGAUAAAAUUUAGUUGUAAAAUUUUUAGUAGUGGCCAUAUUUUGUCUCCACUCACAAUUCUGUUGACAAGGGCGACGAGCUCCUCUUCCUCCUUCUUUCUCUGGAUGAAGUGAGCCUCGAUGAGCGAUUGCAACUCUGACAGAUCUUUCUCCUGACGUUUCCUGUGGAUGUCCUGCACACACAAAUAUUGUAGAAUAGUCAUAGCAUUAGGCAACUUUUUUUUGUGUGUUUUGUGGGAUCAAACUCACAUCAAAAUCCACUUUCUCGCCAUCAGGGAUCUUUGGGGCGGCAAUGUUUGACAUGAAUCUAUGUAAAUGAACAGAGGGAAUCAAUAACUAGCAGAAGAAGACGCAGGAGACGUGUUAUGAGAAAUCAACUUACUUUGGCUUCGGCUUUGAGUCAUCUUAACAAAAA